CAGUCUUUUCGGUGGACGAGUAGAGAGAGAGAGAGUGAAAAGGCGACGGUUCGCUCCCUAAAUUCUGGUUUUGCUUCCAUUUUCGUCCUCAUUGAGCUUUUCUUAGAACAAAUUUGGGAAUCCAGGGGAAGGUGAUGGCUUGCUUACAUGAUCAUAGCUGCGAAGAACAUGAUUGCUCCUCUGAUUGGUCUCUCUACAAGCAUAUAGACCUCCCCAAGGUUUCUGCUUUAAAUGAGGCAGUUCCAGGCAGUGUCAAGUCUGUGUUCAAAGCUUGGGAGGAACGGCUGAAUUCAUCUGGGGGACAUCUGGAGAGCAAUGAGGGUGAUCCUGAAUUACUUAUUUUCAUUCCAUUCACAUCAGAUGUGAAGAUCAAGAGCAUAUCAAUUGUGGGUGGUGUUGACGGAACAAGUCCUUCCAAGAUGAGGGCGUUCAUUAACCGAGAAGGCAUUGACUUCUCAGAUGCUCAAGGCAUGCAAGCCAUUCAGGAGUGGGAUUUGGUUGAAAAUUUCCAAGGAGUGUUGGAGUACCAGACGAGAUAUUCCAAAUUUCAAAAUGUGGGCAGUAUCACGUUGCAUUUCCCUGAUAGUUUUGGUGGUGAUACAACCAAGAUUGAGUAUAUUGGCUUUAAAGGUGAAGCUACUCAGUUAAAGAGGGAUGUUGUUGCUACCAUAGUUUAUGAACUCAGGCCAAAUCCUUCUGAUCACAAAACAACGGCUGAAGGUGGGGGUCUUUCACAUGUGGAAUGAGAGCAAUAGAGGCUGGAGGUGGAAAACAAAUAGAUCAUCAUCGUCAUGCUUAUUGUAACCUUCAGCGCUUCUUUAGAACUGAAUUACUUUUGUACAUUGGUAAUAGAAACACCGGAAAAUACUUCCAUCGGUGCCGCAAUCCUUUUAUAGUUUUAUUCGUGGCAGCGUUCCAUAGUUUCUUUUUUUGGUUGGACAGUUCUACUUUAAUCUACAAGCAAUGGACGAUGUUGGUAAUUUACUAUCCGAAAA